CAAGAAGCUCAUCCCACAAUCCUCUCUCAUAUCCAACCAGCCAAAAUGAACCGGCUAUUCGGUACGAAGAAUACGGCACCCAAGCCAACCUUAGACGGGGCCAUAACCAAUGUGGAAACCCGCAUCUCCAGCAUUGACGUCAAGCUUGCGGCACUCAACUCGGAACUAUCAACCUAUCAAACGAAGAUCUCGAAGAUGCGCGACGGGCCGGGAAAAACCGCCUUACGGCAGAAGGCGCUCAAGGUACUCCAGCGGCGGAAACAGUACGAAGCGCAGCGGGAUCAGCUGUCGCAGCAGUCGUGGAAUAUGGAGCAAGCGGGCAUGAUGCAGGAUAAUCUGAAGAAUGUGAUGACGACGGUGGAUGCGAUGAAGACGACCACUAAGACACUCAAGAAGCAGUAUGGUCAGAUUGAUAUUGAUAAGAUUGAGCGGUUGCAGGAUGAGAUGGCGGAUUUGAUGGACGUGGGGAAUGAGAUUCAGGAAAGUAUCUCGAGGGCGUAUGAUGUUCCUGAGGAUGUGGAUGAGGCGGAACUGGAUGCUGAAUUGGAGGCGCUGGGUGAGGAGACUAUGAUGGAGAGCUCCAUGGCGGAUAGUGCCAUGCCGAGUUUCUUGCAGGAUGAGGUGGCGCCGCCGCAGUUUAUUGAUGAGCCGCCGGAGCAGACGAAGGUUAAGGAGCCUGCUAGUGGGCUGGGUUAGGAUUACAUACGUGGUUUACUAUGAGAAUAGCGGUUUAGGAGUUAUGAUCAUGGUGGCAUCGGAGUUGGGAUUUUUUCUUGUUAUCUUUUCCUUCCCCUCAAAUUAUCGAUUAAUCUGUGUUCAUUCUACGAACAUUUAUUGUAUAUGUUCUGCUCACUUUCUUCCCCUUUACAUGUCUGCAUCUUCGGAGUGUAUCAUACCGUACCUCCAGCCUUCUGAGCUACACGGCUUGCACAUUCCAGCGACACUUCCUUUCGAAGAAAUGUCGUCCCCUUCAGUUCGGCGUUCCAUUUGUUUCACGCUCUAGGCCUUGCCGAGUCCAAUCAGGACGAGCAGAGCCACGUUCAUGACCGCAAUGAUUACCCAAACAAUGACAGCGAUGGC